AAGCACCAGAAACAAAACAAGUGAAGACCAGGGAAAAGGAACGAGUGAGGACUUUUUAAUGCCUUUUCACACUUAUUUUAUGGUGUGACUGCAAGGAUAUGUUUCUACAGCUUUAGCUAUUUGAUUUUUUGGGAAUAAGCGCGUGUCACUUCUAUUGGACACAACGAAUGCAUACACCUGCGGAUUGUUGUAUAGCUACCAACCAAACAACUGCCAUAAAUGGCCUCACUACCUUUUAGAUGUGUCUUGGCUUUGGUUGUAAUGCAAGUGGUAUCGUCCUCUGGUGUGUUCGAGCUGAAAGUCCAUUCGUUCAACACUGCCCACCGCAUAUGCAGAAGGCAUAGAGACUGCCACAUAUUUUUCCGAAUUUGUCUAAAACACUCGGAGGACGUUAUCCAUGCGGAGCCACCAUGCACGUUUGGAACCGGACACACCAACGUCAUCCGCGCAGAUCAGACCUCGAUUUCCAGCAGCGCUCCAAUUAGAAUACCGUUCCAUUUCAAGUGGCCGGGAACAUUUUCGCUGAUACUUGAAGCAUGGAACGCAGAAACCCCUACAGAAUACACAGACAACCAAAACAACCUUGUCAGCCGCUUGGCAACCAGAAGAAGACUGGCCAUCGGCGAGGACUGGUCUCAAGACGUCCACUUCGGAGAGCAGAGCGAGCUGCGCUACUCCUACCACGUAUUCUGUGACGAGUACUACUUUGGCGAUAGCUGCGCGGAGUACUGCAGACCCCGCGACGACACUUUGGGCCACUACACCUGUGACGAGGAGGGGAACAAACACUGUCUGGAGGGCUGGAAGGGCAACUACUGUUCUGAUCCCAUCUGCUCGGUGGACUGCAGCGAGAGGCACGGCUACUGCGAGGCCCCUGGGGACUGCAAGUGCAGGAUGGGCUGGCAGGGGCCCUCAUGCAAUGAGUGUGUGCGUUACCCAGGCUGCCUCCAUGGCACCUGCGGCCAGCCAUGGCAGUGUGACUGCAAGGAGGGUUGGGGCGGCCUCUUCUGUGACCAGGACCUCAACUACUGCACCAACCACCGGCCAUGUGCCAACGAUGCCACCUGCACCAACACAGGCCAGGGCAGCUACACCUGUACCUGCCGCUCGGGCUACAGCGGCACCAACUGUGAGCUGGAGACCAAUGAGUGUGACAGCAACCCCUGCAAGAACGGAGGCAGCUGCAAUGACCUGGAGAACGACUACUCGUGCACCUGCCCCCAGGGCUUCUAUGGGAAGAACUGUGAGAUCAUUGCCAUGACGUGUGCCGACGGGCCUUGCUUCAACGGGGGUACCUGCAUUGAGACGCUAACGGGGGGCUAUACCUGCCGUUGCCCUCCCACAUACACCGGCUCCAACUGCGAGAAGAAACUGGACCGCUGCAGCAACAGCCCAUGUCUGAAUGGUGGUGAGUGUCUAGACCUGGGUCAGAGCGUGCUAUGCCGCUGCCGCUCCGGGUUUACCGGUGCCAACUGCCAGAUCAACAUCGACGACUGUGCCUCAGUACCCUGCCAGAAUGCUGGCACCUGCCAGGACAGCGUGGACGACUACACAUGCUCGUGCACAUUGGGCUACGCCGGCAAGAACUGCAGUGUGCGUUCGGACGCCUGUGGCCGCGGUGCCAGCGCCCAGCCCUGCCAGAAUGGCGGCACCUGCUUCACCCACUUCACGGGUCCUGUGUGUCAGUGUCCGACAGGUUUCAUGGGACCUAGCUGUGAGUUCACGCUGCAGCUCAGCUUCCAGCCUGCAUCCCGACUGACAAAUAAGCCUUCCUCCGCCACCCUCACCGCCUCUUGCAUCCUGGCGUUACUUGCCCUUGGCCUAGCGGCGGGCAUCGUGGUGCUGCGGCGGCACCGGCUGUGUAGUAGGAAGCAACUGAGCGACACAGCGGUGUUUAACGACCUGGAGACGGUGAUCAACCAUUUCCCCAGCGAGAGAGAGGCUUUCCUGGGGCCCAGUGGCCUGUUCAAGAUCAGCAAUAGCGACCCGCGCCUCAGCUUGGCAUCGCUUGUAUCGUUGAGGCCCCCAGAUGACAGGACAGGCCGGGGACUUGGGGGGGAGCACCAUUCUCUCUCCCCUGGACAGGACUACCUCUGGAGGGGGGAGAGUGGGGCUGGGCUAAGAUGAGCCACUGGUCUGGACUCAAGGACAGAAAGAGGAUACAGGACAGCCACGCACCUGAGAAGGGAGGGCGGGACAGAAAUGGGGAGGAAGAACAGGGGAUCGUUAACACUUCUUUUUUCUCUUUUUAUGAAAUGAUAAGUGAAUGAAGAAAAGGACAAAUGCUAUGAAUGGUUGGAUUCCUGUCAUCAUUUUUAUGUUGCAAAUUUAAACAAACAAAGAAAAAACCAUGUUGGAAAACAACCUCUCAUCAUGAAGAACAACAGUAAGUGACCUCAUGAAGUUCAGGAACUUUAGGAAAUCUCCUCAGAGAAAGGUCUUCAACGUCAAAUAACCCAAAGAGACGACUACCAAUACCACAUGACCACUUGCGUUGGACACUGACACUGACACUGAUCUAUCAUUGCCCUUGCUUCAACAAAGUCAUAUUCACCAAAUGACUCGAAGAACCAUUUAAACCAAAUACAGGAAGACCUAAUUCUCUGACCUGUAUGUUUUUGGAAGACCAGCGCACAAUAAAGACUUAUCAAUGACCUUCAAGGAGAGGAUAUAUUUUCUGGAUUGACUUCACUGUGUUUUUGUUUGUUUGCACAUUUCACCAGAACUCAAAUUUUAGCAAUUCCAAAAGAUAAAACAUAUAUUUUUUUCAUUGAAAAAUGUACUGGGAUUUCUUCUAACAUACAGUAGUACAUACAUCAGUCGGUAUACCAUCAUUUUAUUUGUUAUUUAUUUAUUAUGUGUAAAAUGUUUGUCAAAUCUUCACCUUUUUUGCCACAAAUCCAGAGAUAUAUUUAUGUGAUCCUAAAUGAACAACCUGUAAUGGAUGUUCUGCAUCUUUGUGUGUUUCUGUGUAUUCUAAAUAGCCCAUGAAUACUCCAGGAAGAAACACAAAAUUGAUUUAUGACCUGAAAUCAAUGAACAUGUAACUUUGAUACAUAGAUCAUGACAUAAGUAUUGCUGUUUCUGAAGAACAGCCAGUGUAAUUUUAUGUUCAUGCCAAAGUUUGUGUUUAGUCUGGCAUUUGCUCUCAUAAAAAUGUUGUGUUUGUAAUGUGUUGAAUAAAGACUAUAAAAUCA